CAUCUCUCUCUCUCUGGCCUGAUGGUAAAGCGAGAGCGGAGCUGUGAGUUCACACUGUUUCUGCGCGAGCGCCUUCACUUUCUGCUGCUGCUCAAGCAAAAUGUCGCAUUUAUUUACCUAAAAACCUCAGCAAAAAGACGCGAGACUUCACAAUCACCAUCGGAAUAACAUUUUUAAUCGUUUUCCAGUCUCCUCUCCUCUUUCCUGGACCGCGAAACAUGGAUAGAUGGAAAAGUUUGUGUGCUUUUGGUGCCCGUGAGGGAGUUUGAUACGGGCGAUGAGUCCCGUGAAGAGAUUUUACACAUCAGACUGGAAAAACACUCAUUUACUGCUCUAUUAACCACUUAUUAAACACAGCCAGCGGGGAUAUGACUAUAGAAUCUGAUGUCUGUGGCUCACACACGCAGCGAUGUUGAGCUGUGAGGGGUGUGUGUGCCUGCCAGAGCGCAGAGUCAUUGAUGGCUGGAUGUAGGGGUCCAGUGGUGUGUUAAAGGCGCAAUGGGGAGCUGCUGUAGCUGUCCCGAUAAAGAGAUCAUCCCUGACAACCAUCACAACAAAUUCAAGGUGAUAAACGUGGAUGAUGAUGGUAAUGAGCUGGGCUCAGGUGUGAUGGAGUUAACAGAGGAAGAGCUCAUUCUGCACACGCGCAAACGAGACGCCGUCAAGUGGCCGUAUCUCUGUCUGCGCCGCUAUGGGUACGACUCAAACCUCUUCUCCUUCGAGAGUGGCCGGCGCUGCCAGACUGGACAAGGGAUAUUUGCGUUCAAAUGCGCUCGGGCCGAGGAGAUCUUCAACAUGCUGCAGGACAUCAUGCACAACAACAGCAUCAGUGUGGUGGAGGAGCCUGUGCUGGAGCCUGAGCUUCCUGCGACGCCACACACACCCACCACUCCAGGUUACUCUGUCCCGACGGUGGCCAAUGGGAUCAGCCGCUAUCCAUUGUUUGACGCCUCCUCGCGGCCGUCCAGUCGCCAUCCUUCUGUGGGCAGCACUAGACUACCAUCAGUAGGAGAAGAGUCGACACAUCCACUGCUGCUCAACGACGAAACGGUACACACAUACGUCAACACUACAGGACUGCAGGAGGAGCGGCGCUGUCGCAGCACAGGCCACACCCCUCUGGAGCCUGAGACGUCCAAUCACGAGAGCGCAGUGCCAGCGUCGCCCAAUGAGCAGGAGCCUUGUGUGGUGCUGGAGCCUGAGAGUGUGAAGUUUGUUUUAGGCCCGACGCCUGUGCAGAGACAGAGACAGCAGCAGGAGACGGGCGAGGAGGCGACUAAUUCUGAACACACUUCAUACACUCCUCCUGUUAAGACAGUAAAUGGCAACGCAGGCCUUAUGGCGGACUGUGACACCGGCUACGACAGCGAUGAGCGCAAAGAGACAUCAUGUGAGCAUCAUAACGGCAUUUCAACAGGAGCCAGACGCAUCAGACCCCCCGUCCCGCUGCCAGAUGCACACAAUGCUAACAAUUCAGCCCAGCGGCGGACAGCGCUACUAAACUAUGAGAAUCUGCCUGCAUUGCCGCCUGUCUGGGAGAUGCGCAAACCCGAGGAGGAUGAACUCAAAUCUCCAUCGCUGAACGGAUUUCAUUCACUCGACCCGCAGCAUAAUUACGUCAAUACUGAGAAUGUGACGGUGCCGCUUAGUGCACAUAAACACAACUCUCAGCCGAGCGUUUUUAACUUUGACCUGCGGCGGCUUGGAGUGGGCGACCCGCUCCGCCAGCUGAACUACAUUGAGGUGGAAAUGGACAAAGUGUCGGAUUCUAGCGGGCCUCAUACGCCUAAAACACCCACUACACCUCUGCCGGCCACUCCUACACGGAGAACUGAGCUGUACGCUGUUAUUGAUAUUGAACGCACUGCUGCCAUGUCCAGCCUGCAGAAAGCACAGCCACGGGACGAUGGGACGUCCAGAAAAACACGACACAACAGCACCGACCUGCCCAUGUGACCCGCACUGACAACAAUGUACAAAUCAGUUUAUACAUCAGUUUAUCUCAGCCAAAUCCCUCAUAUUUCUCAUUGAGUUGAGCUUUUGGUUUUAGUCUGCUGGAGUAGGUGGAAAAUAUUUGAUAAGUAAGCAAGGCUGUGACAUGUUUAAGAGAUAGUUCACCCUAAAAAUGACAUUUACUUUUAAUUUACUCUCCCUCAAGAGGCUUUAUACCUGUUUAGGUUGAACACUAAUGAAGGUAUUUUAAAAAAAUUUUCUAUCUAAGUCAAUGGUUACAGGUUUACAGCAUUUUUCUAAACAUCUUCUUUUGUGUUCAACGGAAGAGAGAAACUUUGUUGGAAGUAAAAGGGGUAUCAGAGGUGUAUAAUCACUUGAGGAAGAGUAAAUAGUGAGUAAAUUUGCAUUUUUGUGUGAACCAACCCUUUAGGGUCGUCAUUUCUUAUUUACCUUGUGGUUUGGGAUAUUCAGGGUUUCUGCAGGUCUUAGAGAAGUUUUAAAACUUUUCCUUCAGUUUAAGGGCUUAAAAACGUCUUAAAGGGAUAGUUCACUCAAAAAUAAAUACUUACUCUUUAUUUACUCCCCCUCAUGUGGUUAUUCACCUUUGGUUUAUAACCAGACUUGCUUUAAUUGUUGAAAAAUGG